AUGGACAUUGCAGAUUUUUCUGAAUUGGAAGAACUGUCCUUGAAAUAUCUGGGUCUUAUUUAUCAUACUCACUAUGGCAAUAAAAAGUGUUUAUAUAUCGAGGGACCUAUUAAAGCAAAUGACAUUUGGAUUAAUGUAAAAAUCAUUUGCCCCAAUUAUCCUUCAUUGCAAGGUGUCACUCUACAAGUGCAACAAAAUUUUAACAUCGUAACAAUUUCUCAAAGUGAUGGAAGUAAGAUCAAUUGUAAUUGGACUAUUGGUGAACUUGUGGAUAAUAUUUCAAUAUUAUACGAUAGAUUGGAAAAGGAUAACGAUGAAAACAACAUAGCACAAUUAGAACAUGAAAAUAUCUAUGCAGAAGUAGCCGGUCUAUAUCUACCUGCUGAAUAUGAAAUUCAAACAAAUGAAUUAUGUUCCCGUGUAAAGUUUUGUAAUUUUUCCCAAAACGAGCAGCAUUAUUUGGAUGUAGCUCUUCCAUCAUUACAAAUAUUGGAUCACAGUUUGCCGCACUGUAUCGAUGUGUUGGAGUUAUUGGGCAAAUCUUCUUCGCUGACAGCUUUACUGCAACAAUUUCGUAAACUCCUGGAGGACUUGACUCCAUUUUAUGAGAAUUUCACUGAAAUCGAUGAGCUAUGUCAUGUUGUACAGCCCAGCUUACCAACCACCAAAGAAAAUUGGCGUCUGUUUGUUUUGAAAGAACGAAUAUUUAUAAAACUUCAGUUCUCGGAUCCAUUUAAUCCGUUAACUUCGAUGAGUGUACACUUGAUUGGACCAACAACAGAGAUAACAAAUCUACGUAGGGUAUACAGCGAAGGCUUACGUGAUUGGGAUGGUGAAUUGGAUGUGCAUAAAAAUCUAUUGCGUAUUUUUGAUCUGUGCUUCUUUCCAAUGCCACCUGCCGAUGAUGAUGCAAUGAAUGACACCGGCUAUUGUAAUAUAUGUUAUAGUUAUAAAUUGGAACGUGGCGAAAUACCCAUAAUAUCUUGUGAUAAUUCGCAUUGCAAUCUAAUAUUCCAUGCAGAAUGUUUAAAAGAAUGGUUUAAUACGUUGGCCGAUGGAAAGACAUUUUUGGAUGUUGCAUUUGGUGCUUGUCCCUUUUGUAAAUCGAAACUUUCAACAUCCUUUCAAGAAUUGCUACAACAAUAA